AAUUUCUCGUCGACAUUCGUCUGCUCUGCUCGAACCGCGGUCUCAAUCAAUCUCAGGACUGAGGUGAUUCCACUCAUUUGAUAAUAGAUUGGCAGCUACGAGGCUUUCGAUGGACCCAAAUAUUGCUUCUGUCUCGGCUGUUCCGCACUGCGCUAGAUCUGCUUUGUGGAAUCAUCUGAUUCCGAUCGCCGGCAUCGCCAUGCUCAUCCCUUCAUUUCGUUCGUAGCUCACAUACACCACUCAAUUGAAAAUGAUAUCUGAUGCUCCCACCGAUCCUCAGCGACCAACCAACUAUUUCUCUGCCAUUAUGCGUUCGUCAUAGCUUCCUUCAUGACUAUCACGGCUCUCGAGCCAUUGUGGCGGCUGUCAGCUGGACACCAAGCCACCCAGCGUAGCAAAUGUCACGCAUAUGGAGACACAGACAAUCAAUCUCUCAGGAACAUGCUCGUCCCCUCUCCAUUUUGGAUUUCCGAGUCCUCGAUUGGGCAUCUGUUAUGGAUGAAUUAAUGCUCAAACGUCCCACUAGCUGCAUUGCAGACGUCGUGCACUACCUGUCGUCUGCAACAAAAGACUCGCACAAUGGAUCUCGUGGUACUGUUGAACGCCUGACCCCACACCUUGUCGAGCAACGAGUCGACCGCAUUACAGGAGCACGCGCUCCACUCCAAUGUGACUCCAGCGACUUCAUUCAGCGUGGUAUGCUUACGAGCCCUGGACGCGCCAUACCAUCCGCGGGAUUUCGGUUGACGGCGUCACUGCUAAUGUACCACUGCAUAAACCAGCUUCGACCAACGCUGCCUUCAGCGAGCCAAUUGACGGCUGGCCACAAUGCACCAAUUGUCUCGACCUUUCUGGCCUGGCCACGCUUCAUGGCAGCUCCUCGAGCAGAUGGUGGAUUAUUGUGCGAAGUUGCAAUCGGGAGGCUGCUUGCCGGCUGUUGGCGUUGUACGGAGCGGCCGAUGGCGCUCGUUGGAUAUCGCGGUUCGGUUCGGUUCCUGGACCCGUCCGCGAGUCGUACCACGGGUCCGAGAGAAGUGAGAGUUUCCAACAUCUACAAUAGACAAUGCGCCUGGAGGCGCGAUUGUCGUUCUCUCCAAUGGCAGCAUUCCUUGCCGCCAAGCAGCAUGUCAGCUCCAGUAGCUCCAACAAUUGGGGGCUAUCACGCAGUCUCCAUCUGAGCCGCUUACGCUGCAGCUGCGGUCGGAUGUUCGCUUGGAAUUUGGAAUAAUGAACGCAAUA